GUUUUGCGGGGAGUGCCUGCAGCCCUGUCUGCAAGUGCCAUCCCCUCUGUGCCCGCUCUGCCGCAUGCCCUUCGAUCCCAAGAAGGUGGAGAAGGCUUCCAGCGUGGAGAAACAGCUUUCGUCCUACAAGGCUCCCUGCAGGGGCUGCAGCAAGAAGGUGACCCUCGCAAAAAUGCGCUCUCACGUCUCAUCCUGCGCAAAGGUGCAGGAGCAGAUGGCCAACUGCCCCAAGUUCGUUCCGGUUGUCCCCACGUCCCAGCCUAUUCCCAGCAAUAUUCCCAAUCGCUCAACAUUCGUCUGCCCGUACUGUGGGGCCCGGAACCUGGACCAGCAGGAGCUGGUGAAGCACUGCAUGGAGAACCACCGCAACGACCCCAACAAAGUGGUGUGCCCGGUCUGCUCAGCCAUGCCCUGGGGGGACCCCAGCUACAAAAGCGCCAACUUCCUCCAGCACCUCCUGCACAGGCACAAGUUCUCCUAUGACACCUUCGUGGACUACAACAUCGAUGAGGAGGCCGCGUUGCAGGCAGCCCUGGCACUGUCACUGUCCGAGAACUGAGGCUGACCGUGGAGCAUCAGGCCCCGUCUCCUUUUGCACACUCAGCCUUCCCACCAGGGA